AUGUCAGGUAGAACACUUGCUCAAAAAAGAAAAAAACAGGAAAAUAAAAUAAAUGAACUGACGGAAGAACAAUUUACCUACAUGAUGUUGAAGGACAAACAUGAUAAGUUCAUUUAUUUAACCGAACUUACCACAAAUGAAUUUGAUUGUUUGUAUGAUUGUGUUGAACCACUUUUGCAUCUGAUCAGAUACCCUGAUUGCAAAGGUGGAGGUCUUGAGACAAAGAGCUGGAAGUUAGACACAAAAACUGAACUCAUGGCUUUUAUUACAGUUUGUAGACACUCACUACACCUCGGUAUUAUGGCUAGGAUGGUGCAAACAAGUGUGCUAACAAUUUCUAGAGCUUUUAUUGGCUGGGCUAUAUUCUUAUCCACAGUAUUUGAAUGUCUUGACCUCAAACCAUUACCUGGGUUUGUCCAAGCAUACCUUCCACAGGAAUUUUAUGACGCUGGUUAUGUGGAAACCGAGGCUCUAGGAGAUGCGACAAAAACUUGGAUAACUCAGUCAGAGAAUUAUGAUAUAAAUAAUAUCACCUUCAGCUCAUAUAAAAACCACACGACUGGGAAGACAUCUGUUUGGAUUUAUCCCCACGGUGGUCUUCUCCAUUGCAGUGACACUUACCCUGGAACAAUAUCUGAUAAGGACAUCACUGAACAAUGUGAAGUGCUGGACAAAGUGAACAAAGGAAAAAUCAUUCUAACUGACAAAGGAUUUGACAUUGCAGACCUGUGCCACCAUAAGGGACUACUACUUAAUCCCCCUCCAUUAAAGUUUGAUUCCCAGUAUGAACAAACUGACAUCAGCAAAAAUUUUGACAUUGCAACACUGAGGAUAUACAACGAAAAUUUCAUUGGACGAAUGAGACUGGACCAUCUUGAAUACCUGUUGGCCCAUGAAUCGAACUGA